GUACUCGCCCCUCUUCACAAAGUACUGGUUCCCCAUGUAGUUAGAACGGUCAUAGAGCAUGAAGCAGCCGCUAUGCACUCUGCAGGAGUAACAGUGGCUCAAAUCACUUUCUACGAGGACAGGAACUUUGGGGGUCGCUCCUAUGAGUGCAGCAGCGAUUGCGGUGACCUCAGUUCCUACUUGAGCCACUGUUACUCCUGCAGAGUGCAUAGCGGCUGCUUCAUGCUCUAUGACCGUUCUAACUAUAUGGGGAACCAGUACUUUGUGAAGAGGGGCGAGUACCCCGACUACAUGAGCAUGGGCAUGAGUGACUGGUUCAGAUCCUGCCGCAUGAUCCCCAGGUACAGAGGAUCGUACAGGAUGAGGAUCUAUGACAGGGAGAACUUUGGCGGUCAGAUGAUGGAGAUGAUGGAUGACUGUGACUCCUUCAUGGAUCGUUACCGCUGGUCCAACUGCAUGUCCUGCCACGUGAUGGACGGCCACUGGCUCAUGUAUGAGCAGCCCCACUACAGGGGCAGGAUGAGGUACUUCUGGCCUGGGGAGUACAGGAACUUCGGUGGCAUGAGGUUCAUGUCCAUGAGGCGCAUCAUGGAUUCCUGGUAUUAA